GGCCAAUGAUGUCAUUAGUUUCGCGCGGCGUUGCUGUUUACGCUUUCGUGCAAAGAACGCGACUAUAUUCAUUGAUUGAGGUGGAAACCCUCAUUAUGCACAAUUUGGUUUAUCUGCCCCAAAUUCGUGGAAAAUAAAGGCGAAGCUGCUGUGUGUGCUAUUAUCUUACACUGGUGUAAAACUGCGCGAAAAAGGCGGCGAGCUGGCGCAGAUAGCAGGUUGCCAGUGGACUAUGAGAGACAGCGGUGGAAGCCUGGCCCAGAACCGCUGGCAAGGUGAACUCUCCUUGACUGUGAGCCAGAAAGCCAGCAGUGUUGGGGGCAUGGGAGGUGUUCUAAUGGAUCCAAACUCCCCUCCUAAUGCUACCAGCCCCAUUCACCUCAAACUAGGUCACAAGGAACAAGUCUGGACUGGAGAGUACAUUGAACCGGUAGAGGUUGAUGAAGAAGCUGGCUUUGAUGAGGAUGAAGAAGAUAUGGAAGAAGAAGAACGAGAUGAGGAAUGUGUUCCAUGGGAGGAGAAAGAUGAAGUGGAAGACUGGCAAAUGCCAUUUGAAUCACAACCGCAAGCCAUGCUCGCUAAUAAUUAUCGGCAGCAGGUGUCCUUGCAUGAAGGGGAGGCCAAAUUCCAAGCCAGAGACUUUCCUGAGAAGCCGUUCUGGAUUCGGCUUCGUGGACUUAGACAGCAAAAGCUGAAGCGAUGGCGAGGACUGCGGUCUAGUGCAAGGAUACGCAACCGGCUUGUGCAGAAUUGGAAAGCGUGGAGACAGCGGGCCCAGUGGGCCAGCACCCUAGGGUAUCGACGGGCAAGGAGGUGGCGCCAGUAUAGCCUUUAUGCCAGCAAGAGACUGGAUGAGCAGGGAUGUGACACCAUGGGCUCAUCACAAACAGGUUUGGAGACAAGUGGAAGAGAAACAGAAAACAAUUUCUCUGUUUUCAGUGGUUAUCAUGGGGAUUCUCAGUCAAAUUCAACAGUCAGUGGUGGUCAGGAAUAUCUUUCUAUGCCCCUGAAGCCCACCACUCAGAGGAUGGCGAUGACCCUUACAGAGGAGCACAGGUCUUAUGUCCAAGGUCUUCUUGACAAGUACCUUCAAAAGUAUGGAAGUCUGAUUCCUGUACAUUCAGAUGAUAUUGUUGAGGAAUUGCAGGGCAUCUUCAAUGAGGACUUCACUCAGCCACACAGGACAGUCAUGGUGCAACAUUUAAUUCAGUCCUACCAGAGAUCACCAGGGACUGCCAUGGUGAAAGGGUUUCGGGUGAAUUACAAGCGUCAUGUUCUCACAAUGGAUGAUCUCAGCACCCUCUAUGGACAGAAUUGGCUCAAUGACCAGGUCAUGAACAUGUAUGGAGACCUUGUGAUGGAUUCGGUGCCUGAAAAGGUGCACUUCUUUAACAGUUUCUUUUAUGACAAGUUGAGGACCAAAGGUUAUGAUGGAGUGAAACGGUGGACAAAGAAUGUGGACAUCUUCCAGAAGGAUCUGUUGUUGAUUCCCAUUCAUUUAGAAGUGCACUGGUCACUGGUCUCGGUUGAUAUUAAACAGCGCUUCAUCACGUACUUCGAUUCUCAGCGAACCCUUAAUCGCCGCUGCCCCAAACAUAUUUUUAAAUACCUUCAGGCAGAAGCCAUGAUAAAAGAGAAGAGAGACUUUUGCACAGGGUGGAAAGGUUUUUUUAAAAUGAAUGUUGGCAGACAGAAUAAUGACAGUGACUGUGGUGCAUUUGUCCUGCAGUAUUGCAAGUGUCUCGCAUUGGGUCAACCCUUCAGCUUCAGUCAACAGGACAUGCCCAAACUGAGGAGACUUAUGUACAAAGAACUGUGUUAUUGCAAGCUCUCACUGUGAUAUUUGUCUAAAGACUGCACAGCCAGUGGAGAAAAAUAUACAUUUGUCCAAAUGGCCUGAGAGACUUCACACUGAGGAUAUUUCAUCCUCGCUCACUUUUAUUUUUAUUUUGUAUAACUUUUUUGUUUGGUUUCGUACUGGAGCCCAACAUCUUGCCUGAGAGAUCUGAGGUGAUUUACGGUCGAUAGCCUGUCUUGCCCUUGUGACAUACUGCCUAAAAGGAACACUCCGUUUCAGAUUUUGCUUUUGUUCUGUGCAUAAAGAUGUUGCUGAUCCGAAAUGUUGGCAUGAGGGUAUCUGUGCUCUUAAAGCAAGUGACAAAUCAUGUCUGCAGUUUUGUUUUUAAUAAAUCAUCUUAUGAAAAUAAUGAUCUGUGUAUUCAUCGGAACACUUAUUAUUCUGUGAGUCACGUUGCAAUUAAUGAUAACAUGAUAUUA